AUGCCAUCUAUUCUAGCAAUCAUCUGGAACAACAAGUUCGACCUCCCUCCCCUUCCAGCACCUAAUACUCUUUUUUUUUUAAGGAAAAUCCAUUCUUAUCACUGGUGCAACGUUAUGCAAUUGCAGUACAUUUUGUCAAUCUGGGUGCAAGAUCUGUGGUCAAACGGAGGAUCGCUUGCGAAAGGGGAACUGGCAAAGACUAGAAUAGAAGAUGAGACGAGCACAAUAGGAAAAAACAUUGUAAGAUGCAUGGAGGCUAUUACAGAUGAUUUGACUGCUCGAAAAUGUCGCAAUAAUUAUAGCUUGGUUCACACAGUAACCUGUGACUCCAGGUUAGACAUGAGCACCUUUGAAACUAUAAAUGAAUUCGCAGGGAAAGUGACAGAAGAUAUUCAAGAGAUCGACUUCGUUUGUUUGUAUGCUGGAGCUAUUUCCGCUAACCGAAAACUAGGCAAGGAAGGAUAUAAAACCAUGAUUGAGAUAAGCGUUCUUGGAACUUCUUUCUUGGCGUUACUACUACUGCCUUGGAUGAAAGAAGUUGGAAGAGGAAAUGCUCAUUUGGGCAUAGUAACAAAAACAUCGACAUUUCCAAGUGGCCGAAACAUGGAUGUGCUCAAAUAUUGGAGCGCGGAGGAGAACUGGAAGGACGGGCAAAGUGGUUAUGCUCUAGCCAAAUUGCUCCAACAGUAUGCGGUCAAUGAAAUCGCCAAGUUAGCACUGAGCGCUGAUGGAAAGCACAAGGUAAUUGUGAACUCAAUUUGUCCAGGUUAUUAUCCCUUCGACCUAAUUCAGAGUGACGACUUUCGAUCCUAA